GGCUGCGCAUGGAGCCAUCAGCCAUAGACCAAGCAGACCACCCAUCACCCAUCACUCACUGCCCGCUCGCUCUAUAAGAAUCUCGCACGCACCCACCAACGAGCGCAUGCAUGCAAACAAAUCACUAGCGAGCCGCAUACGUACAUCACAACGAAGCGCGGCACGCAAUGGCGCCCUCCUCGUCGUCUCCACUGCCGGCGUCUCCGCUGCUCGUACUGCUGAUGGUGCCGCUCCUGCUCGCCAUGGCGCGUCCGUGCUCCGGCGUGGACGCCAUCGGCACCUACUGCGCUAAGAACGGCACCAGCGCGGAGACGCAGGCCAGCAUCGACCAGGUCCUCGCGGCGCUCGUCCCGCGCGCCUCGGCGGCGUACUACGCCACGGCCACCGCCGGCCGCUCCUCGUCCGCGGUCUGGGGCCUCGCGCAGUGCCGCGGCGACGUCCCGCGUCAGGACUGCUCGCUCUGCCUCGCCGCGGCGGCCAAGGAGGUCGCGUCGUCCUGCCGCGGCAGCUCGGACGGGCGCGUCUUCUACGACUACUGCCUCCUCCGCUACUCCACCGCCAACUUCAUCGGCCUCGCUGACACGGGGUACACGCUCAUCCUCCUCAACACCCAGAACGCCACCGGCGUCGACCUGGCCGCGUUCGACCGGGCGCAGGGGAAGCUCAUGUCCCGCGUCGCCUCCGAGGCCGGCGACGCCGCCAACAAGGGCCUGGCGACGGACACGACGCGACUCGGCAGCGAUGGUGGCGGAGCCAAGACGACCAUCUACGGGCUCGGGUGGUGCACCAGGGACAUCACGGCGGCCGACUGCGGGCUGUGCGUGGCGCAGGCUGUGGCCGAGCUGCCCAACUACUGCCGGUACCGGCGCGGGUGCCGCGUGAUCUACAGCAGCUGCAUGGCGCGCUACGAGGUGUACCCCUUCUUCUUCCCGCUCGACGGCGCCGACAAGUCGGCCGACGAGGUCGGACAGUGCGACAAGAUUGUCUUGAACGCGUGAUGUAUUUGUUUGUGGAGUACAAACUACGUGUAGUCAACUACGGUGCUAUCUACGAGGGCACUCCAGCUCGUUGUGCGUACCUGGUCCUGGUGGUGGUGGCGAAUCCAUUUGUUAGUGUAUGGCUAGCUCGUAGCUAGCCUUGAGCCUUGUGUUUGUUUGUGUACAUGUUUGCUCGUCAAAAUAUAAUUUCGCGCAAACCACCAUUGUGUAAUUUUCAUAUUUGCAAAACCACUAUCUACCUAGAGUAAUUACUUAUUUGAAAGUAGUUGAAUGCAA